AUGGAUGCAACCGGAGAUAAUGAUUUUAAAGACGAUCAGAAGUCCAAACCUUUGACACCAAGAACUGUUCAAGAUAGUUUGCGGCCACUAAAGAACAGAGGCGACCAAAACGUGAUUAUCGGCAACACUAAAGAAGUCGGCGGUCGAAAGAGAAAUCUGGAGGGGAGGGGCUGUGCGAUCAGAAGAGAAGAGGAUGAAGACUACAAGGAGCCACCACUGGCGCCGUUUUUCGAGCCAUACGAGUUGUUGUCAUGGUCGUUUUACAGAGUCGGUAUCGUAGAGUUCAUCGCCACCUUCUUGUUGCUCUACAUCUCGGUGUUGACUGUAAUGGGUGUGGUCAAAUCUCCGACGAAAUGUGGCGCAGUGGGUAUUCAAGGAAUCGCGUGGGAUUUCAAUGGUAUGAUCUUCGCUCUUGUCUACUGCACCGCCGGUAUGUCAGUGUCUUGGAGCAAUCUGUGGUGUCGGAGUUGUGAAAGGGUUCGGGGUGAUGCGCAGUACACGACGUUAGGCGGUGGUGCUAAUGUCGUCGCCCAUGGUUACACCAAGGGUGAUGGUCCUGGUGUUGAGAUUGUUGGCACUUUCGUGCUUGUUUACAAUGUGUUCUCUGUAACGGAUGCUAAAAGAAGCGCCAGAGACUCCCAUGUCCCUAUUUUGGCUCCUCUUCCAAUUGGGUUUGCGGUGUUCUUGGUUCAUUUGGCUACCAUCCCCAUCACCGGAACUAGAUGUUGCUUCUUUGAAUCGGAAGAUUCAUGGAAGGAUUUUGAUAUAAAUAUCGACAUUAAACCUGAGAAGAUGGAAUCGACGUUUAGGGGCUUCUGUGAACGUUAUUCUGGAAGAAUGAAGAGUACACGUUCGACUUCAUUCAAGUCGAAGUUCAAGAACACAGUAAAGACGACAUUGAAUCUUGAAGAUGGCGGUGAUGAUUUCGUUGCGGAACCUGAAGAACAAGUACAAAAAGAAGAAGAACACAUGAAACGAGAAAGAAGGUCAAAGAAAAAAUUUGAUAAAUCAGUUCCAGAAAAGAAAUGUCCUAAACCUUUAAAUGUACUACUUUUGGAAAGAGGGAUAAGGUCAAAGAGAAAAUAUGAGAGAGUUCAAAUUGUAAAAAAUUUAAAGAACAGUGGAAUUGAUGAAUUUGUCAAAGAGGAACAAUAA